UGGAUCCUCUGGUCACACUUCUGAAGACAAAAACAACGACAAACACAAUAACAUCUAAUGUGCAAAACAAUAGAAUUUUUAUCAGUAUAAAUAAUGAGGGCGCAACCUGCGUAAUUGAAACCAUGCCAGUUUAGUGUAAUUGAGCACAAUUAAACAUUACAGACAUUCUGGAAAACCCUCUAAGAGGUAGUGACGUCAUUUGUAAAAACAAAACGAAGACUGCGCAGAAAAACAAGGGAAAUCUGUUAGGCAAGGUCCGUUGAAAAAGGGGCGGGGGGAGUUAUAGAAACUGAUCCCCCAGAUUUCACUUUUACCACAAUUAAAACUGAUUAAAAAUCGAAGCACAGAGUUCAAAGUAUUUAGUUCACAAUGACUCGCGAUGAGAAGUUGCCGCUUAAACAGGCGGAGGUCUCCAUACAAAGGUUUCAGGAUACGGCGGUUCCCCACCAUCUGAGCCUUUUAAAAAACCAUCGCAGCAAUAUAGAAAAAAGUCUGGCACUCGGCGACUGGCAAAAAAUAAAAAAAGAGGAACUCAAUGCUUUGAGGGUAAUCAAACAGAUCAAGAACCUCCUUCUGGAAAUGGAUGGACUGCGCGAAAAAAUAGGUGAGGAGGACCUGGAACGCUUUGAUGAUCUAAUGAAACCAGGAAGAGAAAAAGCUUUUGAUGGCAUGAGGGAGUUUGCAGAGCUUCAACUUAAAUCACCCACCUCUACCUUGAGUUCCCAGUGUGACGAGGACCAGGACAAUCAACCACAGGAGGUGGACAUAACAAAUUUACCUGCCCACCGGCACAUGCCACAACUGCAACUAAAUUUUCAGCUGGAAGAACACCAGUUGGCCCAACGACAAGCCUGUCUGGAUCAGAUGGAGAACCUGCAAAGGGAGAUCUAUGAUCUGCAUGGGAUGUUCCACGGCAUGCGGCAGCUGACUGCUGAGCAAUCAGUGGCGGUGGAAAAGAUCGCGGACAAUGCGGAGGAAGCUUUGGAAAAUGUCCAGCAAGGCGAGUUGAAUCUUCGCCGAGCUCUCACCUACAAAAAGGCCAUGUACCCCGUGGUGGGAGCUCUCCUGGGCACCUGUGUGGGUGGACCCAUCGGCCUGGUGGCCGGUAUCAAAGCGGGAGGCCUGGCAGCAGUUGGUUGUGGCAUCCUCGGCUUCACCGGUGGCUCUGUUCUCAAGGCCAAUCCCAACGUAAUGCAUGGCAAUAUCGAGGAGGAGCAAGCGGAACCAGAUAGUGAGUCCACCGAGAGACUGGAGCUCAAGGAGAAGCCGGAAUGACCCGCCGGAGGAGGUGCCCGGUCCGCAUCCACGGCUCUGGCCACCACGCACAUCUGGUCGUCGAACACCCGGCGUUUGGAGGAGGCCACCAGUGGAGUGAUCUGCAGUGUGCGCAGCUAUUGUUCCGUUCAGUAGAGUUUUGACACCGAUUUUAGUUUAAUAUUCCCCUAAUUUGUGAUUAUUCAUGUGCAGUAGAUCAUCUAUACUUUAUGUCUAGUCUAAGCGUUGGAUAUUUGUUGUUCACAUGACACUGCAAUUGUGUGUAGAAUUUAAGGCUUCAAAACGCAAUAAUAACUCGUAGCUUUAACAACUGAGAAA